CUGGUUUAUAAUUGCCAGCGCUCGCCAUAUGUUACUGACUGGGAGACCCUGAGAGGGCGGCGGGCUGACAGCAGGGUAGUCAGUUAGGUCCUGUCAAUCACGGGUAUUGCGUUUUAUUGAACCAGCGGUUUGAAGGAGACAGAAGGAUGGAGAAUGAACAGAGAAGUCCUCAGGGCAGAGAUUCGAGCCCCCGUCCGUCCUCGUCAGACCCCCCACCGGACCCCCCGGGCGCCACCAUCGGGCCGAAUGCCAUCAUCCCCACCGACAAGUCGGACGAGAGGAAGGACGACACCGACACGGUACCCGUUCAAGUGUCGCAACACAACAACAACCAGGUCCGGAGUGUGAUGCUGUACGGUGUACCCAUCGUGGCGCUGGUUAUAGACGGAAAAGAGAGGCUGUGUCUGGCGCAGAUCUCCAACACUCUACUCAAGGUAAUGGGUUACAGCUAUAACGAGAUCCACAACCGUCGCGUGGCCCUGGGCAUCACCUGUGUGCAGUGUACGCCUGUACAGCUGGAGAUCCUGCGGCGGGCGGGCGCGAUGCCCAUCUCGUCCCGCCGCUGUGGCAUGAUCACCAAACGGGAGGCCGACCGUCUCUGCAAGUCCUUCCUCGGCGACAUCAGCCCGCCGAAACUCCCGGAGAACUUCGCGUUCGACGUCUACCACGAGUGUUCGUGGGGCUGCCGGGGUAGCUUCUAUCCCUCCCGCUAUAACAGCUCCCGCGCCAAGUGCGUGAAGUGCGGCUACUGCAACGUCUUCUUCUCCCCGAACAAGUUCAUCUUCCACUCCCACCGCAUGUCUGAGUCUAAGUACCAGCACCCUGACGCGGCCAACUUUAACUCGUGGCGACGGCACAUGAAACUGGCCGCGGAAAAGCCGUCCGAAGAUCUCGUCUUUGCCUGGGAAGACGUCAAGGCUAUGUUCAACGGUGGCAACAGGAAAAGGGUUUCAUCCAGUCAUUCCCCGCACAACGUGGAAGCCGCCAAGAAGCGCAGGCUGGAACAAGAGUCCCACCUAGCCGAGCUCCCUCAUCCCAGCCCUACCGUUCCGUCCUUUCCCGUCGUGCCAGUACCUAACAGGUCCUACAGCCUCCAGCUCCAGUCUCUACCCAGCAACAUGAACAUUCCCCAUAGCGUCGGCACCCACCCCACCCUCACACCGGGAGUCCCCACCGUCAGCCGACUGUCCGGGCCAAGCGUCAAGAACGCGUGGGGGCCUAAAACAGACGGGUUCGAGCCUUGGAAUCUGCCCUGGUUUAACGGCAUGAUACCUCCACCUCUGCUGGCGGCUAAAUCAAGUUUUAUCGACCCUCCACUCGCGGCAACAGAUCUCCUGAAGAACCUCCGGCGCCCGGAACCCGACAGCUCGAAAUGUCUGGUAAAGGAAGGCCCCGUCCCCAACCAAAAAAGUGACGACACUGCUUCGCAACCAAGAAUGACUUUAGGUGAAAAUGGAAGAAAACUUCUUUCCUUGAUGGAGCAAGAGCAAGAACACACGUCUGCCUUCAGACCCGUUAUCAAGCACAGUUGUGAGAGUUGUAAGGCCAGCCAGCCCUCAGCUUGUGACUGCGUACCACCAGGCAGCACCGCUCACAACUCACACGAGUUUCCCCCCGCACAAACGGUCCUUGAGAACAACAACGGGAGUCCCUACGACAGCGACGCGCGGUCCUAUCUCAGCGACAUCAACGUCACAGACGACUGUAUGAGUGACGAUGCCAGUGACAAGGACCCACCGAGGCGUCAUCAAACAAUCGCGGACGGGACGCCGCCCUCCCCGGCCAGUGGAGACAACGACGUUAUCGACCAUCAGACAGAAGAGACAGACGCUAUUGCGGUGGAGCCAGCCGUUAUAGAGUCGGGACAGACGGAGGACGCUACAAGCUCACUCAGUAACAACAACGAGUUCAACUCGCACAGCGCGGGGACGAACUCCCCAACGAGUAGUGACGGCGGGACGGAGGACCAUCCGGACACCACGCAAGGUCUGACGCCUCCACUCAAGACACCACCACCACCCAGAAGUACGGAGACGAAUGAGACAAGGGAGGACUCUCCGGUCGGCGUUCAGAAUAAGCAGCCAGAGGCGUCCAGUCUGCCCUACUCGGUUGGACAACUGUUGUGCGCGAGCCCCAAAUCUAAGGACUCCGGGAGAAGAGACUCUGUACCUGAUGGUGCGGGGGUCAUUCUGGACAGGAACUCAACCGUAUCUGCCAGUCCUUCAGACGAAUCUGACAACCAUGAGUUUGAAGACAUCCGACGGCAGUUGGCAACAAUGACAAAAGAGGAGCUAGAAAGAGAGCUUUCAAGACAGAGGGAAGCAAGGCAGCGAAUCGAGAAGGAGUAUCGUAUCUUACAAGAUACUUUCCAAGAACAGGUCAAGCGCGAGCUUACAUACAGACAGGAGAUGGUCGAACAGAUCCGUCUGAUUCGAGAUACGCUGUGCCAGGAGCUGGACCAGGAGAGGAGAGCACGGCUGGCUGUGCAACAAAAACUCAAAGAGGCCCACGACGCCCUACACCACUUCUCGUGCAAGAUGCUGGCAUCUCAACACUGCAAUGAAUGCAGCGACAAGUAGAGAGCACAUCAUGAUCACCCAACGCACGAUAUGUACUAGUAUACUUUAAAUGGUCCCUUCACAUGUUCGCUCAGAAAAAAAGACAUUCAGAGCUAUUAGCCUAGAAGUUAAAAAAAAGAUAAGGCUAGUUCCUCUCCAUCAAAAAUGAAAACUUAGUCUAACAAUUGUACAGAAAAUGUACAGUGUGUAUAUUUUGAGUUGGGUUUUUCCUGUAAACAAGGAGAGGGGUAUUGGCAUGUGUGCAAACAGAUCGUAUUGUAAAUUGUGGAUUCUUUGUGAAUUAAGCAUGCAUAUGGGCAUCACGAGUGGGGUUGUGAAAAGAUGUACUGUCAAACCUGUCUGAGUGACUCAAGGAACUUUAAGGAAAUGGUCAGAGUAGACAAGUGGCCACUUCUGACAAGAUUCUUGACUGGAUCCUUAAUGCUUGGGUCAAUGCAAAAAUAAUCUCAGGCCUUUUCCUCUAAAUGGAGGCCUUUGAGAACUAAAAUUGGAUUUGUAUGACUCAUGACUUCAUAAAUUGAACAUGAUGUAAAUGUAUGAGUUGAAAGACAACAAAAUACACAAAACUUACACCAACACAUUUUUGUAUCAACGUUUUAACUACUGAUGAGGUUUGUCUCUGAAUGGUCGCUCAGCCGUCGCCGGCUCAGUAGAAAGGUGGUAUAACGGACCACCAAAACAGUGGCCACCGUGGCCGGGUGGUCUUUCAAAUAGAAGUUGUAAGUAGUAUUACAGGUUUGGAUGUAAAAAAUGUAACACCAUGGUGAUACCAUGGGGAGCUCCCAUAUAGCAGUUCUCACUCUGUAUAGUACCGUUCGACUAUUCACUGAGUCGAAUAGCCUCUAUAGCAGUCUUCGUGGCUAGAAUUAUUUGCUUGUCCUGUGUUGGUUUCUGAUUGUUUAUCAGUUUUCUGGUUGCUGUUAUAAGUUGCCAGGUUUCCAAAGGCCGUCCCGACCUAGCCUGCUAUGGAGACUAUCGUUUGACGACACUGUGUCCUUUUCGCGCCAGAUUGCCAUCUAUCUAACGCACCCGGUCAUUGCAUUUGGAAUAAAUGUAGUAUUUAUGGUCGUGAUCCCGUGUACAUUAAGUGGUUGUUAUCGAUUGAAUCCAGGGCUUUUACGAAGCGUGGAUAGUGCAAUAUCCUGAUAUUAAAGUCAAAUGUAUUGAUUAACCCCACCGUUAAGAGGUACUUAUGGAAUAAUAAAGUUGUACGCUGGA